UGAGUAUUAUUAUACAUACUACGCUAACGCUUUCUCCUUUUUUGGAAAAAGGGGAACGAAAUAAAGAAAAUGCCGCAGUCCGCAAGUGGGUGAGGCAUUUGUCUGAACUCAAAUCUGCGCAAAUUCUGGUCCAGUUCGAGCUAAUUUAUUAAUUCAAUCGCUGGUUUUUAUCUGAAAUCUAAUAAGCGGAACUAUGGCUUUCGAGCAUCAACCAGGAAUGGCAAUGGAAUGUUUGAGCAUCCCUAUAAAGCUCACAAAAGAACCCUCAAUGGAUCCAGAUGGUCGAGAAAUCUUGAAAUGUGGCUUUAAGAUUGGGGGUGGAAUUGAUCAAGACUUCAACAAGAGUUCUUAUGGGUAUAAAGACAGUGGAAUUUAUGUCACUGAAGUAAGUCCCAACACACCAGCUGCCAAAUGUGGAUUGAAAAUUCACGAUAAGAUUCUACAAGUUAAUGGUUAUGACUUCACCAUGGUAACUCAUAACAAAGCUGUUGAAUAUAUUAAGAAAAGCCCAGUGCUAAAUAUGUUGGUAGCAAGAAAGGGAGUUACUCAUUCUUGAAUUUCAUUCAAGAAUUUUAUAUAUUCAUUUCAAUAUGUGACUUUUCUAAUUUGGAACAUAUUUUGACCAAUUUUUGUACGUUUUUACCAUUUUUUUUUUUAAAUAUACAUUUUUACUUUACUCUGUGCUCAUGAUUAAAUUGCUGAAGAGAAAUUUUAUAUGUUCAUUAAAUAUUUUUCCCAUUCCCCCUAAGCAUUAAUUUAAAAAGCAUUAUGAAAUAAUCUAUAGUUUUAAUGCUUUUGUAUACUUGAAAAUGAAGAUAAAAUGGACUUUCAAAUGAAAUUAAUUUUUUGCUAAAAAAUUUUUUUCAUUCAUUUAUAGCAAAUUAUUUAUGUUAAGAAAGAAUGUGAAUCCUUCUAUGUAUAAAUCAUUUCAUCUUCCAUUUUGUUGUAAU